AUGACCGAGUGUAGCAGCGCUGGCGAACUUCUGUUGCAGGAGGCCGCUCGAGUGGAUUUGAAGCGUCCGGCUCCUGACAACUUCUUCCUGCCGCCGCCCGGCAUCAGCUCUCUGGAUACUGCUUUGCACAAGCGUCGCCGGAUUGAUGCUCGUCCGCACAGGCGGGCAACGGAUUCUUCGAUUUCCCCUCACUUCCACGCAUACGAGCAUGGUAUUCUGCAUCGCGAUAUCAGCGACGAGACUGCCCUGGUGCACAAGUCUGACGCAAUGGCCGUCGGACGCUUGGUCGACUGGUAUAUUUCCUGCCCCUUCGACUCUACGAACGACGUUGAAGCCAGUGCUCCCAACCGCAGAGGCACCACUCCCUUCGUCGCCAUCGGCCUGCAAUCCGCUACGGUGGAUGGUAAACCACUCCCACUGCACUCGCGCUACUGCCAUGACCUCGAGUCACUGUUUUGGCUGCUGUUAUGGUCGGUAGUUCAUUUCGACAUCCCCAACGCGCGUCGUCUUCCCUGCAGGAUCCCCAAGUGGCGCCAUGGCGCCUGGGAGGACGUAGCCAUCUUCAAGCAUUGCAUCCUAACUUCUCCAAACACUCGGCAGGGUGUCCUCGAUCUGGCGCUUCCGAUCUACGAGGACCUGGUAGAGCGCUGGGUCGUACCGCUUGCAGCUAUGUUCAGAAAGGCUCGGGAUGACGCGGAGGAUAUCGAUCAAAGGAGGAAAUGCUUCUUCAAUGCCGAGCUGUAUGCUAAGGAGGCUACCUUUACGCGGUUUUUGGAGACGAUCCAAAGCAAGCCUCUAACGUGGUCGAGGAGGUAGCGGAGGAUAUUUGGGUUUCGGUAAUCAGGUUGCUAUUCGUGUAUCCUGUCUCGCUGUCUAUGCAAUGUAGAUGGGUCCAAUC